GCCUCUGCCUCCCAAGUGCUGGGAUUAAAGGCUUGCGCCACAACCGCCCGGCCUCUGUCUCCUAUCUUUGUCUUUUGUCUCUGUUUCUUUGUUUUCCCUUUCCUCUGUCUCUGGUUUCAGUCUAUAUCUGGUCUGUUUUCUUUCACCUCUGUUCCUUCUCUGUUUAUUCUGUUUUCUGGUUCUGGUAUCUCUGAUCUCUCUGUCUUCAAUCGUUGUGCCUCUGUAAUCUCGUUCUUCUGUCUCUUGUUUGUAUCUCUCUCCACCCCUGCACCUGUACCCUUGGAAGCCUAGGGACAAACAGGAGCCCACAGACCCCGCAUGUGGAGCCGAGGCCCCGCCCCCACGCGCCCAUUGGAAGGCAGCAGCCAUAACCCCGCCCCCGACCGUGCAGCUGGAACACCGCGCGCCGCCGGGCACAGGUCGGGAUGCCUCGCCGCCUCUGGCUGGGCCUGGCCUGGCUGCUGCUGGCGCGGGCACCGGGCGCUCCGGGCGGGUACCCGCAUCUGGAGGGCGACGUGCGCUGGCGCCGCCUCUUCUCCUCCACCCACUUUUUCCUGCGUGUGGACCCUGGUGGUCGGGUGCAGGGGACGCGUUGGCGGCACGGCCAGGACAGUAUUGUUGAGAUCCGUUCUGUCCGUGUGGGCACUGUGGUGAUCAAAGCUGUGUACUCAGGCUUCUAUGUGGCCAUGAAUCGCAGGGGCCGUCUGUAUGGCUCGCGGGUCUACUCUGCAGACUGUAGGUUCCGGGAGCGCAUCGAGGAGAAUGGCUACAACACGUACGCCUCACGACGGUGGCGGCACCACGGCCGACCCAUGUUCUUGGCACUCGACGGCCAGGGUAUUCCCAGGCAAGGCAGACGGACUCGACGGCACCAACUGUCCACACACUUCCUGCCAGUACUGGUCUCGUCUUGAAGGGCCUGCCAAAGGUUCAGGAGACAUGGGCGGUACACAGGGCCUGCGAGAUCCGGAGCUGAGCAGCAAAGGGCCAGAGCAGAGACCCUGGGCCCAUACAUGUCUUUCUUUAUGUCACAAGCUGGGUGCCUGUUGGCUGCCAGGCAUGGAGACAUGGCAGGGUCCCUGCAGGUGAGGCCAAUGCUCAGGGUGAUACAUAGGACUGGCAGUUUCCAUCCAUCUAGUUUGGAGGUGAGAACACUCUGAGCACAGCACAGAGAAGCUUGGAGGUGGGACACAUCAGGUGGAUGCGGAAAGUAAAGACAGGGAGGACCAGGGAGGAUGGACAUGUGGAAGGCAGGGCCCAGGUCAGCAGAACACAGACAUAUUAGCCCAUGUGGCCAGAGUGGGGGACUGAAGUUAAGAGCAUGUCUUGCUCUUCCAAGGGGCCUGAGUUUAGUUUUCCCACAUCAGACCGCUAAUAACCCCUUAUCCCCCACCCCAGAGGGUCUUCCCUCUUCUGCUCUCUGCCG